AUGUCCAGGAAAAAGACCCCCAAGAGCAAGGCGGGCAGCGCACCCGCUACUUCUGCCCUUCCCGCCGCCAACGGGCCCCGGCCGGUGCGACCCGGGACUGCGCGCCCUGGCCCCAAGGCACCGCCCAACGGGCCCCCGCAGCCCGGCCGGUCUUCGAUCGGCGGCGGCGGCGACUUCUACGACGUCGCCUUCAAGGUCAUGCUGGUGGGGGACUCAGGCGUGGGGAAGACCUGCCUGCUCGUGCGCUUCAAGGAUGGGGCUUUCUUGGCGGGGACCUUUAUCUCCACCGUGGGCAUUGACUUCCGGAACAAAGUUGUGGACGUGGAUGGCAUGAAGGUAAAGCUGCAGAUCUGGGACACAGCUGGCCAAGAAAGGUUCCGCAGCGUCACCCACGCCUACUACCGUGACGCCCACGCACUGCUGCUGCUGUAUGACGUCACCAACAAGGCCUCUUUCGACAGCAUCCAGGCCUGGCUGAUGGAGAUCCAGGAGCACGCCCAGGACGAUGUGGUUCUCAUGCUGCUGGGGAAUAAGGUGGAUUCUGCCCAGGAACGUGCAGUAAAGCGGGAGGACGCGGAGAAGCUGGCCAAGGACUACGGGCUGCCGUUCAUGGAGACCAGCGCCAAGACGGGCCUCAAUGUGGACUUGGCCUUCACGGCCAUAGCCAAGGAGCUGAAACAGCGCUGCACCAAGGCCCCCAGCGAGCCCCGCUUCCGGCUGCAUGACUACAUCAAAAGGGAAGGUCGGGGGGCUUCCUGCUGCAGACCCUGA